AUGCCCCCGGCGAACGGAGGAGAGGAAGAGGAGGAUGACUACAUGUCAAUGGUGAUCGAGGAGCCACAGCAAAAGGAAACAUUUGCCCAGAAAAAGCUCCGCAAGCAGCGAGAGGCAGAAGCUCGCGCCAAAGUCCCCUCGAAAGCCGAACUUGCCGCCCAAGAAGCUGCCCGUCGAGAUGCAGCCCUGUCCAAAAGCACGCUGGACCCUUCCAACAAGGGGUUCCAGAUGAUGGCCAAACUCGGCUUCAAACCCGGUCAGACUCUAGGAAAGCCGCAGACACCACCCGGAGAUAGUAAGCCCUCGGACGGAGAUAGCCCACCCUUGCAUGACGAUAAAGAGGAACGGAUACGAUCCGAGCCGCUGAAUCUAGUGUUCAAAGAGGGCCGCGGAGGCAUCGGUUUGGACAGCGAGAAGAAGCGCAAAUUCCGGGAGGAGGCGGAAGAAGCUGUGAAGAAGGUUAAGCAAGAAGAAGGAGAUUACAGGGACCGCGUUCGGCAGGAGCGUGAAACGCGACGGACAGAAGCCCAAGUGCACGCCGCGCAAAAGGUAGCGGAGCGAUUAGAUGCCGAGGCUGAGGGUGAGACUGCGGAUGGGGUCGUGGAAACUGCAGAGGCGGGCCAGACGGGGAAGGAGGAUAAAUCCCCGGAUAGGGAGCAGUCCCGCGAUGAGGGCUCAGUGGAAGAUUCGACCGGUGAAUCGCGCGCCGCACGCGCCAAGGUGAGGGUCAAGCCCACGUCCCAGAUCAAUGUCUUGUACAGAGGCUUGGUGCGCGAGCGUGAGGAGCAGGAGCGAGCUCUACAAAUGCGCCACGCUCUUCAGACAUCACUCCCGUCGUCAUUCUUCCCCAGCCCCCGGUUACCGGGGUAUGACGAUCCUACGCUGGAGCCUGACGACAAAGAAGCACUCGCCUCCGGGAAAGAUACGUCUACAAUACUGGAACAAGAACUGGAGGAGGAAGACCCAGAACUUGAUGAGUUCAACGCGCUGGGUCCGAGCGAACGGCUGGCCCGGUUAGUUGUAUAUCUGCGUGAACGACAUCGAUACUGUUUUUGGUGCAAGUAUCGCUACGAAACGGAUGAGAUGGAGGGGUGUCCUGGUCUCACUGAAGAAGAUCAUGAUUGA